AUGGUUAGAAAGCUGAUAAGUCAACUUUUUUCUGAUAAAUGUCAGUUAAUAUUACUUCGACUUGAUAUUGGUGACGAUGAUAAUCCUCUUAACAUUCAUGAAUGCUUAACAUCGUGUUCUCAUCCUUCUUCAACUUCAAUUUCUAAUAAAAAUCAAUACUGUUGUUGGACACUUCGUUAUUUAUACGUUGGUCUUAAGUAUACGUCUUUUCUUGAACAUCUUAUUGAACAUAUACCAAAUAUUGAACGACUAUCAGUUAGUUUCAAAAAAUGGUUAGAUCUUGAAUUUCGAUCGAGAUCAGAUAUUCAAACAUUAAUCAAAUCAAAUGGAAAUUGGUUUGAAAAGGUAUCAAAACUGAACUAUUUUGCUUUAAAAGUUUUCAUUCAUAGUGACUUUGAAUUUGCUUAUUUGAAAUGGAUUCUUAAUAAUUUAAAUCAUAUUGAAAAAUUUAAACUUCACCUUGUAAUUCAUAAAAUGUAUUCAGAUACAAUGAUUAAGGAAUACAUUGUUGAUGCAAAUUUUAUUCGUCAAUAUUGUUUGUCUGAUGUAUUAAUCAAUAUAAAACAUUUUCAAUUUUAUAUUGUUUCGGAAUGUCAAUUAUUAUUAUCGAAUAACAUUGAACAAAUAAUAAAUUCAUUUAAAACUCAUCAAUUUUUUAUCGAUCAUCAAUGGACAAAUGUAACUUGUUUAUUUGAUCCAUAUAAGUCAUAUCAACAUCUUUCUUCUUUUUCUUCGAAUGUUAAUAAACUUCACUUUAUGAAUGGUUUAGUGUAA